GGAUAUGAAGGAGGAGGAGGACAUAAUAAUCCCAUUUUCAUUUUCAUAGUCAUAUCCUCUUCCAGAAAAACACGUUCGUUUCUGAAAAUCCCCGAAGAGAGAGAAGGGAGUCAAAGAGACGAACAAACAACGCAGUGGAGGAAAAUUCUUUGACGGCCGGGAAAAUGCAGGAAAAUCUGUUCGUGUUUUGUGCAGCGUAGAGAAAUUCGCAGACUCAGGGCCCUUCCUUGUGAUGAUUCCGAUUGGUCAUUGAGCUUUGAGCAGUAUCCAUUUGUUGCCAAGCCUUUCUUUCCCUUCUCGGCACUGAAAGUUUUUUCACUUUCACCUGUUUAGAAGGGAAAGAAGGUGUAAAUUUUGAAAGCAAUUGAAGUUUUCAUUGCUCAUCCGUGUCUAAUCUGACUAAAAAAAAUGAGUACAAUCUCGGGCAUGGUUUCAAGGCAAGUAAUGCCGGCAUGCGGUAGCCUUUGUUUCUUUUGCCCUGCAAUGCGGUCAAGGUCUAGACAACCCGUCAAAAGGUACAAGAAGCUCAUUGCUGAUAUUUUUCCUCGAAAUCAGGAGGAAGGGCCAAAUGAUCGGAAGAUUGGAAAACUUUGUGAAUAUGCUGUUAGAAAUCCUUUGCGGUUACCCAAGAUCACAACUUCUCUCGAGCAAAGGUGUUACAAGGAAUUAAGAAAUGAGAACUUUCAAUCUGCAAAGAUCGUCAUGUGCAUUUACAGGAAACUAUUGGUAUCCUGCAAGGAUCAAAUGCCUUUAUUUGCUAAUAGCUUGCUAAGCAUUAUUCAGACUCUCUUGGAUUUAACUAGAGAAGAUGACAUGCGUAUUAUUGGGUGUGAGAUUCUGUUUGACUUCGUAAAUAACCAGGAGGGUGGGACUUACAUGUUUAACUUGGAAGGCUUUGUUCCAAAACUAUGUCAAUUAGCUCAGGAAAUUGGGGAUGAUGGAAGGGCAUUGAGUUUACGUUCAGCUGGGCUGCAAGCACUUUCUGCUAUGGUCUGGUUUAUGGGUGAACACUCUCAUAUUUCGGUAGAGUUUGAUAAUGUUGUUUCGGUGGUCUUAGAAAAUUAUGGAGGUCAGAAGACAAUUCCAGAUAAUGUUGUUAAUGACAAUAACCGGUGGGUGGAAGCAGUACGCAAAAAUGAAGGUUAUAUAUCAUGUCCCGCAGAUACUCCAAUAAGGGUUCCUUCUUGGAGGGAAGUUGUGAAUGACAAAGGCGAAAUAAAUGUGACAAUGGAAGAUGCCCAGAACCCUUGCUUUUGGUCGAGAGUUUGCCUGCAUAACAUGGUCAGGCUGGGAAAGGAGGUUACAACUAUGAGGCGUGUUCUAGAAUCUUUGUUUCGUUAUUUCGACAAUGAGAAUUUAUGGUCUCCUGAACGUGGACUUGCUUUCCCAGUUUUAAAGGAUAUGCAGUUUCUAAUGGAUAAUUCUGGGCAAAACACACAUUUAUUACUGUCCAUAUUGAUUAAGCAUCUCGAUCAUAAAAAUGUCCUUAAACAACCAGCCAUGCAGCUUGAUAUUAUAGAGGUUACCACUUCACUCACUCAACAUGCAAAGGUUGAACAUUCUUUAGCAAUAAUUGGCGCCAUUAGCGACAUCAUAAGGCACCUGCGAAAGAGUAUACAUUGCUCCCUUGAUGAUGCAAAUCUGGGUGCUGAUAUAAUAAAAUGGAAUAGAAGUUUCCGAGAAGCCGUUGAUAAAUGCCUUGUACAACUGUCUGACAAGGUUGGAGAUGCAGGCCCAAUUCUUGACGUUAUGGCUAUGAUGUUGGAGAAUAUUUCUACUAUUACCGUAAUAGCCAGAACAACAAUUGCUGCUGUUUAUCGUACGGCUCAACUUGUAGCCUCUAUACCGAAUUCAUCAUAUCAAAACAAGGCAUUUCCCGAGACUUUAUUUCAUCAGUUGCUCCCAGCUAUGGUCCAUCCAGAUCAUGAAACGCGAGUUGGAGCUCACCGCAUUUUUUCUGUGGUUCUUGUGCCUUCUUCAGUUUGUCCUCAGCCUUCAUCUGUUGGUACCGAGCUAAAAAAGGGCUUGGGCCUUCCCCGGACUGUCUCAAGAACUGUCUCUGUCUUUUCUUCCUCAGCGGCUCUUUUUGAGAAGUUAAGAAAGGAUAAACUUUCCUCCAGAGAAAAUGCUAACCAACUCAGAAAAGAAAGUGUUACUAUUGAGGAGGAGCCAGUAACAAGUAACAGUGGAAUGCUUAGUAGAUUGAAAUCAUCUUAUAGUCGAGUAUAUAGUGCCAAAAAUCUUCCUCUAACAUCAAUAACGGAGGGAAAUUCUGAGAACAAUAAGGAACCGGAGGCUAAUUCCUUAAGGUUGAGUAGCCACCAGAUAACUCUUUUGUUUUCAUCAAUAUGGGCACAAUCCAUCUCUCCUGCAAAUUCACCUGAGAACUAUGAAGCUAUUGCUCACACUUACAGCCUUGUAUUGCUGUUUUCUCUGGCCAAGAAUUCAAGUCAUGAGGCUCUCAUUAGAAGUUUCCAGUUGGCACUUUCCCUGCGAGAUAUUUCUCUUAUUGAAGGAGGACCACUCCCACCAUCACGUCGAAGAUCACUCUAUAUGUUGGCAACUUCCAUGAUUCUCUUUUCAUCAACAGCCUUCAAUAUUCUCCCUCUUAUUGAUUGUGUCAGGGAUGCUGUUGCAGGAAAACAGGUUGAUCCAUUUCUACACUUGGUUGAAGAUCACAAGUUACAGGCUGUGAAGUCAGACCAGAUCCGAAAUAUUUAUGGAUCAAAAGAAGAUGAUAGUUUGGCCCUGGAAACUCUUUCAAACAUAGAGAUAACUGAGGAUCAAACUAGGGAAUCUUUUGCUACUGAGAUUGUGAAAAGCUUGGAAAAUUUGUCAGAUUCUGAAUUGUCCACCACGCAGGAGCAGCUGCUCAAUGAAUUCUUACCUGAUGAUGUGUGUCCCCUGGGAACCCAGAUGUUUAUUGAUGAUCCACAUAAGAUUUAUCAUGUUGGUCCCAAAAAUAGUAGAACUUCCAAGGAUGUAAUUACCUGUCAUAGUUUCCAACCUUCUUAUCGAAUGUCUCGGAUCUCAGAUUUAAAUGACUUUGCUGUUGUGCAGGAAAUUCCACUUUUUUCAAUGGAUGAUGAUGCUUUUGCUGAUCAGUCGGAGAGUCAAGUCAAAACGAGUCCAGAGUUGACCUUGGAACUCCCCCAACUUUUGAGUGUCAACCAGCUUCUAGAAUCAGUCCUGGAGACGGCUCAUCAAGUUGGAAGACUUUCUGUGUCAACAGCCACUGAUGUGCCGUACAAAGAAAUGGCACAUCACUGUGAGGCACUCCUAAAGGGGAAGCAACAGAAGAUGUCCUAUUUGAUGUCUGCCCAAAUAAGACAGGACAGUGAGUCAAAGGGCAUGGUGUUUCAUUCUCAUUUUGACACAGGUCCAUAUAGGGUUGGAAAUCCUUUCCUUGACCAAAAUGUUGCAGCCGGUUCGUGCAAGCCAGCAGUCUCUGCUGUGCCGCUGCAAUGUGCAACUGAGUACCAAAGUCAUUCCCAAGGCUUCAGGUUACCAGCAUCAAGUCCAUAUGAUAACUUUUUAAAAGCUGCUGGUUGUUGAUCCUACAUAAUCAUGUGAGCUGGAGAUGAAACUACCAGCAUCUAGUCAGAUCAGGGAUAUAAAGCUCAAAAAGGCUUCUUACCCACAGAGAUCCAAUGUUAUUAUACACCAUGCAUUUGUUUCUUUUCGUAAGCAGGAGCCAGGAAGAGAGACCAACCAGUUUGCGAUCUAGAUCAGUUAAUUAGUUCCUUUUUGUGCCUUCAAUUCUUUCAUUCUUCAUAUCCCCGGAUUUUUUGACGCGGCAGUAGGGGGAGAUCUUUUGAUUUGCUGCUUCUUCUCUUUCCCUAGUUAUCUCUUCUUUUGGCAUUAUAAAAGAGAGGUCUAUUUAUUAUUGUUAUUUUCAUCAUCUUAGGGUCAAUGUAUAUAAAGGACUCUGCUGUUGAUUAUAAUAUGAGAGAGUGCAAUCUUUAAUC